UUGUCUUGGUACUAGGCAUCAUGCAAACCCUAGAAGAAGCAUAGAAACCUCCUAGGACUGGAUAGGUCAUCCCCAUUCAUACCAAGUUCCAUAAACCCUGCUCAAAGCAUCAAGACCACUAUUUUCUUGAACAAUAAGUAAGAAAUUUUUUGCUGAUCACAACAAUGCUCUCACAUUCUGACAUGAUCAAAGAGAGAAAACAGCAAGCAUCAGCCAUCAUGAAGGAGAUCCAGCUAAAUGAAUUCCCUCAAAUGGAUCUUGGAAAAAAGGUUAGCAUCCCCAGGGAUAUCAUGCUGGAAGAACUAUCACUGCUCAGUAAUCGAGGAGCAAGGCUGUUCAAAAUGCGGCAAAGGAGAUCUGACAAGUACACAUAUGAAAAUCUUCAUUUUUUAUCUAGCAAACCAAGAAAUCGCAAUGAGAUCAUACAGUGUGUCCAGUUGGAUGCUCAUGGCAUGGAACCUAGUCAUCUAAAUGCACCAAUGACACCUCCUAAUACACCUGAUCCAAGGGGUCCACCCAAUCCUGAAACUAUUGCCCCAGGUUACUCUGGACCUUUGAAGACAAUUCCUCCUGAGAAGUUCAACACUACAUCUGUACCAAAAUACUAUCAAUCACCUUGGAUUGAGGCCAUCAGUAAUGAUCCUGAGCUGCUGGAAGCUUUGUAUCCUAAAUUGUUUAUGCCAGAAGAAAUACCAGAACUACGCAGCUUUAAGAGUUUUAACAGAGUUGCCACUCCUUUUGGUGGUUUUGAAAGAGCAUCAAAACUUAUCAAGUACAAAGUCCCAGAUUUUAAUUUUCUGCUGCUAAAUGAUCCACGAUUUAUGGUCCUUGCCAACCCACUUUCUACCAGGAGAUCAUUCAACAGGACUCCUAAAGGUUGGACAACUGAGAAUAUUCCCAUAAUGAUAACUAUACAGCCUACAGAGGUCAAUGGUGUUCCAGAAACAGAUGAUUUGUGAAAAGUAAGUGCCUCUCACACCAAAUUCAGCCUGGCAGUGUUUUAAUCUUUUAAUACUCUCUACAUCUGUUCCAACAUCCUAUUUUACGUUAUAUUGAAAUGUAAUAUGAUAUGAUGAUGCAGUUGUAUUCUGAGAUUAACUAA